AGCUGUAUCUCGUGUUUGAAGUAAAAGUUCAGGCUCGGUGCGAUGAAUGCAUUUGGGUUAUACUCACAAAAAUGGAGGGUUUUAUUGGCAUAUGGGGCCAUUUCAGCGCGUGAAAGUUUUACCUGCGUUCAGAACGAGUAAAUCUGCGGAUUGAAGCGCUUAUCUUGGGGUCGAAAACAUUGUUAUACCUGCCGUAGAACGGCUUUUACGGCUUGAAGCGGGAAGGACAGCGGUUGCGGUGCAUUCAAGAUUUUUUCUGGCUUUUCUUGUGGAAGUUUGAAUAUAUAUCAAGGAAGUGAUUAAUUUAUUGGUGCACAGACGUUUAUUUGUAUCUUUUUGCGGCGAGCCAUAUGCGGCGAUUUACCUUACAUGCAGUUUUGCUUUUAUUUAUGAUGGACUGAGGUAAUCGAUUCAUGACAAUGGCCGUGGUUCACUGGUCGCACAUACUCUGGUCAGAAGUUUGAGGAAUUUUGGCUGUCAUUGGCUUGAACUUUUGUUGGACUGGAAGUGCCUUGUGUUUGGAAAAUAACUUGGGGAAUUUCUUUUACGGGAAGCGUGGAAAAGUAGACAUUUGUUAGCGUAUUUUGGAUCCGUUGUAUGGAUCGGCCAGAUUCCGUGAUUGGUUCACGCGCGUAAGAGUCGAAAUUUAAAACUCCCUCCUUUUUGCUCGCUGCACAACUUUUGUACUGUAGUAGUCGCACAGUUUAAUCGAGGAAUACAAUGUUUCAACCUUCGCACUUUCAAAAAAUGGCCAAGCAUUUGGGCAUAGACUCUCUUUCCUAUGAGAAGGAAUACAAUGGAUUUAUGGCCAAGUUGAAGAACUUCCACGAGUCUAAGGGGACGCCGUUUAGACGAUUACCGUGGCUGGGUGGGCAGUAUUUAGACUUGUAUCUUCUGUACCGUAAAGUAACUUCAGCCGGUGGCUGGGUGAAGGUUACAGAAGAGAAGAGGUGGCGAGAUAUCGCUGAAGUUUUCAAUUUACCGCCAACCUGUACGAAUGCAGCUUUCGCUUUGCGACAGCACUACUCUCGGUACUUGGAAAGCUUUGAGAGAAUUAACUUCUUUGGAGAAGAUGCAGAAGAUGUACUUUCAGCUGGAAGACCUCAUACACCAGUUGGAGGAGGCACAUUCCCCACACAUGUACCCUCCGUGGCAGCAUCAGAUUAUAUUUCUGUCAUUUCCACAAGCAAAGAUCCCACAAGAAACUUUGAUAAGCUUGUCCUUUCUCUUCAGUGUGGCAUGCCUAAUGAAGUGGAUUUUGCCAUUAACAUUUGUAUGCUUUUGUCAAAUGUUAGCAAUUCUGUUUUUAACUUAAGCAAGGCCCCUGCAGUGGUAGAUACUUUGCUGGCACAUGUUGGUGUAUUUUCUGAAGAUUCUUAUGGCCUUGGAGAAUUAUAUGAAGAGUGGUAUGCUAAACAGCACUUGGAGAGAGAUUUUGUUAAGUUCUGGAAGGAAGGUUUAACAGUAAAAGGGGUCCGGGACAUUCUCUGCAGUGGCAAUGAUGAUGAAACUGCAGAUCAGGAUUCUCUUUUCCAUCCUGCAAGAAGAAAAAUUGGAGCUAAAGAUGUUGAGUGCCAAAGAAUUGCACAGGUUGGCAUGAUAUUUUACAACUUCUCCUUUGAUGACACCAAUGCUACUGUGCUUGCAAGCCAUCCCCUGUGCUUGAAAUUCCUUGUGCUGUGUAUUUGCAGUGACCAUGGAUUUCUCCAAAGAAUGUCUUGGGAAACCCUUUCAAAUUUAGCAGAAAAGAUGUUAAUGGACCCCAUUGAGUCCACAACUACCCAGAUGUUUUUUCAGAUGCUACAUUGCUUCUUGGAUCACAAAGAUCGUUAUCAUGCCAUCAAUGCUAUGGAUGUCUUAGGAAAGUUGUGCACUCUGGAAGGAAAUGAUGAAGUCAUUGAAACCGGCUUGGAACCUGAAGCAUACCAGUCACUCAUUCGAGUUUUGAUUGUCAGUGAUGUUCAGUUGGUGCUGUCUUCGCUGGAAUCGUUGUAUAAUCUAUCGGGAGUAGGCCAAGUAACCUCGGACCACAUUGCAGAAGUUCACCACAGCAUUGACAUUCUGGUGUGUCUGGUGACAAUGGAUGCUGAGUCGUUUGGUCCAGAAGCCUUAUCUGAGGUGCAGAUCUUGGAGAAAAGGAUACCAACUGCUAUUUCAGCAACACCAAAACUGCCGUCAGCUUCAUCACCAGUCGCUCCACAACAACCCAAAGAACCAGUUCAACCACAUCAAGUCUCCCCUGCCAGUCCAUCACCUACUCCAGCACUGAGUCCUUCCCCCAAUCCAGUUCCAGUCAAGACAACAGGAAGUGAAAUCGACCCAGAGACAUUCACAUACAACUGGCUGCAAGGCACUUAUGAGCCUUCUGCUGGAAGUUCUGUGUCUCGUAUUGACAUAUAUGCUGACUACCUGUCGUCUUGUAGUCGACUAGCAAGAGUGGGAAUCCUUAAUGCAACAGCAUUCAAUCGCAUCAUCAAAUUAGCUUUUCCUGAUGGCCAGCUUCGAAGGGUACAAUCUGGGGUUAAUGUACAGUAUGUCCUGGCUGGAUUAAAAAGGAGGUCUAACCCUCUCCCGGUUAAAAGCCGCACAGAUUCACCAGCAUCUCAGCAGUCUAGUACUGCCAGCUCCCACCCAUCAGCUCAGCAGGCAGUGCAGAGGAUGUCCCCUGGCCAACAGAGUAUCGGUAGAACACCUACCCCUCCUGUCCAGACUCAAGGUAGUCCAGCCUGGAAUCCUGCCAAACAACAAAACAUCGUGGUGUCUCAGCAAGCACACACUCCAUCCAAGCCCAGACAGGUUUCUAGUGGUAGUCAUCAGCAGACGCCAGGAAUGGGUCGGAUGCCAAGAAGAGCAAGCAUCCCAAGCCAAGGAGCAAUUCAGGCAACUCCAGAUCAGGGAGUUAGACAGUUUCCUGCUGUAGUCAUGAAACAGCAAGACCUCCAAGCACCUGUUGAUCACAGACAAAUGAUGAGUGGGCAAAUGCAGAAGAACAUCGGUCCAGCAGAUAAGGGACAAUCUCUGGAGCGAUUAGCAGCCAUGCGCAGAGCAAGUGUUGAGGGAAUGGGCGCAUUGCAACGCCAAAAUGUACAAAGCUUCCAACAUCACCAAAACCAAGGACAGGUCAUGCAAAGAGUGUCAUUAUCUCCUCAGAGUACGGGCCCACAGAGAGUGGAGCAUCCACAGCAAACAGGCCACCGCAUGCCACCAGUGGUACCAGCAUCUCCAGGUCAGAGAGGAACUCCUGGAAUCCCUCAACAUGCCCCUGUUUGUUUGCCAGGAAAUGUUCGCUCUCCACAGAGCCCACAAACAAGAACAUCACUUCCACCUCCACGUCCUAUGCAGCCAAACAUGCCUCGACCAGCUCAGACACCGCCUUCAACAGGUCCCAUGCAGAGACCUCUUUCACCUGCUGAAUCGUCAUCAUAUCGGCCGACAGCUGCUUACCGGCAGUCAACUCCUCCUUUUCCUCAGCAGCAGAACUUGCGGCCUUUGCCACCUGCAUAUAGUGGGCGGCAUACGUCUCUUUCAUCUUACCCACCCCUUGCUCCCAAGCCUGCACCUGGAAUGAAUGUGCAGUUUUCUCAGGAAAGCCAAGCAAGGAAGCAAGUUCCUUCAAACACUGCUAUUGCUGGGAGUUAUCCUGUUGCCCAACAGGUACCAAGAUCUUCACUUCAUCGUGGGGAAGCCACAAGGCAGAACUUCCAGCCACAUGUACCAAUUCCCAACACACCACCUUCGCCACUCCUUGCCCCCUCAAUGGGGAGUAGACAGCCAUUUGCUAGUUCUCAGCAAGAUUUGCCAGGAAAUAUCAGGCCAGGACUGGGCCAGGAUAGCAGACAAGUCAACAGGGAACCUCUUCCUGGGAGUAGACAGGAAGGUGUUGUCCUAAUAGCACAGGAAGAGAGAGCCGCGGACGUUGUUUCAACGGGCCUUGUAGACGGUGCAGAGGAACAAAAAAUUGUAGUCAUAGAAAAUAAACAUAGGACAGAAAGCACUACAAAAGGAGAUGUAACUUACAACUCCACAUCUACUCAGCAUCCUAGGCUAGGUCAGGAUAAUGUAACAAACCAACAAAUAAGUGUAUCGGAAGGCAAAUCAUUGGUUGGUAGCACGUUAGUUGACAGUAGAGGUGAAAUGUGCUCACCAAACAUUGGCGAACAUUCUGAGCAGCCAAUGGGAAGGCUACCAAUGAAUGAGGUGGAAAGAAACUCUUUGCAGAUUGUACCUAAGACUACGUUACACCCCUCCAGUAAUGGCACGUUGAAAAGAGACUUGAAUGAACAGAUGACACACGGGAGUAAUAUUUCUGCGUCAAGUGAGGGAAACCUUAAUGGUCAACGAGACAGUGUUAAUGAAGGAUGCGGGCCGGCUAAGAGAGCAAGAAUGUCUUCAUUGGAAAAUGAACUGGAUAAUUCGUCAUCAAUUCCCUCAAGGACUGGAAGUCCAACCCCUCUUGUCAAUGGUGACAUCAAGGGAGAUACAAGAAGUAAACUCAUGGAUAAACUUUUGGACAAAGAUUUGCAUUUGCCUUUAAAUGGCGUUUGCGGAAUCGAUGCAUCUGAACUGGACCUUCUUGCUUCUGAUGGAGAGAGACUCAGCAGUAGUAAGGCAUCAUCACCGGAUCUGUUUGGAAGUGAAACGAACUCAGAUUUUGGGAAAUAUCUCGAGGAAAGUGACACAGAUACAGGCCUGUUUAGUGACGUUUUGCAAGGAGAUCUGAGGAUCGAUCCAAUGGAAAAUGGUACCGAGGGAACUCAUCCAAUGCCAUCUAAUAUGCCCGCGUUUCCUGGCGGAUCUUCUCACUGUGAAGGUGUGAAUACAUCAAACGAAAAAGGAAUUCCUUCUGGAGUUGCUGAGCAACAAGGCAAAAUUCCCAUUCCUCCUGCAGCUAGACCGGACCCUAUACCUGAUCAGUACAGUGCUAUGGCUGGUAGACAGCCAGUCGCUGUAAAUACAGCUUGGAAUUCUACGAACAAUGUAACUCAAGUGUCAAAAGCUGGCUUUGGUCAACGUUUUGGACCUGAGGUUCAACAAAAGAUGGCUUUCUAUCCACAACAAGGGAAUCUACCACCAACUGUUGGGAAUAGGUCACAGAUGCACAAUGUUAGCAUGGAAAAGCAGAGAUUGGUUGAUCCUCAAGCUUCGUCCGUCGUUAUACAACAACCAGCAAUUCCACCACAUCAAAAUAUUCAGCCCGGCCCACAGCAAAUGAUUCCCGCUCAUGACUCUUCAUCUGCAAUACAUCCAACUGCAGUACCUAAAAAUAUAUUGCCGAGACCUCCAGGUCCAGAGUUUGUUAAUAGUAUGUCAUCAGGCAGUCAAGGAACAGGUAUUCCACAAUCUCUUCCAGUGUCAUCACCUUUUCUUGGAGGGCAGCAAAUGCCCAUAGUUCAAACUUCAUUACCAAGAGUGAGUGUUGGAGCGCAACCUGGCUGGGUUCAGAGUGGAGUUCAGCAGCAACAGGUGGCCAGAACUCAGCCCGCACCACAAAAGAUUGUUCCUGCUGGGUUUCAAGCAGGCAUGAGACACAAUUUACCACCAGGAUCUCAAGCUGGGCCACCAGGCUCUCAAAACGUGAGUUUACCCUCUGGUUGGCAGCAGUCGCAGCUGCAACAACCACAACAGAAAUCUGUGAAUGCUUUUCCAGACGUAAGAACUCAAAGUGUAGCUACUCCAGGUUCAACCAUGUAUGAGCCUUCCUCUUCACCUCAGAUUAGGCAACCACCUGUGACGACACAGUAUCCACAUCCAGCUCUUGCUCCAGGUGGAAAGAAUGUGGUCCAAAGCCCAGCAGUGUCUAUUCCUGUGAAUUCAAAUGGCUCACAGGAAUUUCCAUCCACCUUGCCUGCACAGGGCAGUCAUUUGGUGGACUCGACAGUACCUCAGCUCGCAUCAUUUAAGCCUUACAGGUGCCGUUGGACAACUUGCUACAGCUCGUUUGACACCAGUAAAGGUUUAUUCGCGCACGUGGUGAAUGAACAUGUGCCUCGUGAUAGCCUGGUCAUGUCUUGUAUGUGGGAAGGCUGUGCGCCUGUACGCCGUUCACGAUCUUCUCUUCUCUUUCAUCUUCAGCAAAAACACAGUGAGCCUUCGCCAGUUCCCAGUCCUCUUCCACCACAGCAAGCUCAACACCAGUCUCCCCCUGUCCAACCUUCUCCUCCUCCUCCUCCUCCUCCUACGGCCCAGCCUCCUCCACCGCCCACUCCUUCGGCUCAGUCAACGUCAUUUGUCCCAGCAUAUCACUUCUUAGCUCGUAUGUUACAGUCAUUACAGGGUGAAGAGGAAUCACCGCUGACAAAGUCAGUACGAUUAACUGCGGCGCUUGUUCUUAGAAACGUGGCCCAAUAUUCAGCCUUGGCUAGAAGCUUGUUGAGGCGUCAUGAGGGGCACCUGUCACUUGUGGCCAUGUCCAAUUCAGAAGCUGCUAAUGCUGUGGCGGCUUGUCUGUCGGAACUCUCUCCACACAGAAAGCCUUCAUCUGACGACUCGGACACCUUGAUCUGGGCAUUAAACAGAUGAUAGCUGGCUUCCAAUGUGUCUGUGCCUUUUUGGAUCAGAAAUGUGACAUUUUAAACAAGAAUAAGUAUAGAAUAUACCAAGAAAAUGGAUCGCAUUAGUUACCCAAGCGCGAGCCUUCAAGUUUAAUGUUCGAUCUUUUGCCAGUGAUACGGAAAAUAAUUCGGUAAACGUUCUAGCCUAAAAUGAGAGACUUGCUUGUAGUCUCGUUUUGUUGAAACUUGGAUAGUAGUUUCUUCGGUUUUCAAAAUCCUAUCUUGUAAUGUUUACAAGUCACGUGGGAGAGAGAUGCGUCGUCACGCAAUGUUGUUUGCAUAGGUCACGUUAGAAACAUUGCGUUACGAGUUGCAAACAGAGUAUAACGUUAUCAAAGACGUGGAAUAUUUCUUCCCAAGUUACUGUAUAAUAAGGACAAUGAAUUGAAACAGAAUAUUCUCCGUUUAUUUAGAGUAGCAGGUUAUACAUGAUUAAGUAAUAUAAUUAUUUGUACAGUUGCCAUGUGGUAUAAAUUCCUCCACUGUUUGACCUUUACAUUCUUGAUUUGACAAUUAGCUUUUCGCCGGAUUGUAAUCUAAUGAAGAAAAAUAAUUAUUGACCAGUCUCAUAGAAGUUUAUUGCUGUUCCUUUGGCGUGUUGGUUUGUGGUAUGAAAUGGUGCAUUAGAAAAAUGUAUCUUCAUCCACUGCGAUGACUUAUCACUUUUUAACAUUAACAAAUCUUUUUCUACGGUACAUUGUAUCUUGUUGGUAAUGUUAAGACUUGGAGCAAGAUGCCGUUUGCUCGUACUUUCAUCACUUUUUCUCAUUCAUGUUUGUAUAUAAUCAUUUUGCCUUAUUUAUACGUGAUAAUAUAUUGUACAUAGAGUACAAAUAUGCUUCUUUGGAACUAAAAACACUCCACUAGUCGCUGGAUUUCCUGUAGCUUAAAAUAUUUAAAGAAAUCGAAAUCCUACUUGGUGUCAAUUUUUUACCUCGUUCAUCGCUUUGAAAUGGAAAAACUAUCGCUACUUCUUUACUCAAUAAACUUUUUUGUACCGUCA